AUGAUGCUAAUUUUGGUGGUAUUCGCGUUGGCUUGUAGUUUGUUGGCGGAUACGACGCCACCGCCGAUGGAUUUGAAGCCGCCAGAUUUUGUGGGAAGUAUUGGAGGCAGCCCGGUAAUCGGCAUGUUUUACGGGAACUCGGACACACCUCUGAAAGAAGACUCGGUGGCCAAAGAUACAGAAAACGAUCCGCUCAAGAAGCUCCUACCGAAAAUG